CAAACUUAAGCCGGCUUUCAUGUCACAGCCGGCUUACCGUUAGGCAAAUGCGACUUGAACUAGCGGUAGAGCCGGCUCUACCAUUAAAGCCGGUUCUCCUGUACGGUUUUUAUGUUCAGCCCUUUCUCUCUCUUCGCAUUCUAGGUUUGUUUUCUCUCCAAAAAAAAUCACACCGAUUCUCCUCCCAAACACCCAAAUCUCACCAGAUCUGCCACACACACCAUCUACACACUCAAAUAUCUCUAAAUCCUUGCGUACCCAAGACCAAUCUUCAAGUUUUUGCUGCAAUUUUGUGUGGAAGCUGUUGUGUUCUCUCUCAUGGCUUCAAGAAGGGGUGGAAGCAAAAGGCAACAAGUUGGCCGUUUAAGUGCGGGGGGUAGGCUCAAAAAGAAGGUAAUCUCUUUGAUUCUGAUCUAUUCUUAUGAUAAUCAUAAUUUCUUAAAGAAUUUACUUGUUUUAUCUUGCAAUAAUAUGAAAUUCAGUCAAUUUGAUAUGCAUACAGGGGAGAUAUUUAAAGAAAUUAAGUGGAUUAAUUUUAUAGAAAUUAAGUAACCUGUACAAUGAUGGUUGUUAACAGUCUGAUCAAGCUUUCCGUCCAUAGAAUCCAUGCGUACUCUCAUCUCAUCACAAAAGUUAUAGAAAUUAGUGUGCAGCUGCUUAAUCUCAUUAACCAUAAGCUUUAAGGUUUCCUGGUGAGUUCUUUGCAUUGUGACUUGAAAGGGCUUUCGGCUUUCACUUCUAUAUCCUUCUUCCUCUUGCUCUUGCAUGCUGUGGUCCCCAUCUCCUUCAUCUUCAUCCCCUUGUUGUUCCAUUGGUUGAUCCCUUUCUUCAUCCAAACAUCAUUUUUGAGCUCAUAAUGCAUAUUUUCAAAAAAAGCCUUGUUGAGUGUAGUUCCAGCUUUUAUCUUCCUAAGUCUAUAAAGUGUAAGACCAAUAUUAUUUCUUUUCGCCAAUCUAGUAAGCAGAGUACCAUGAGGAAGUCCUAUAUCAGUUGAGAAAUUCUUUAUCAUGUUCCGGUAAAUAAAUUUUUCAAGAUUUAGUCCUUUCCUCUUGAGAAAAUAAUCAAACCACAAGAGAUCACUGACAAGUGCAGCAGAUUUAUAGCCCUUUCUUUGAGUAAUAAUGUGACUAAUAAUCCACUAUAAUGCUCUGUUUUCUGGUGUAAGAAGGCCUACAUUAAUUUAACCUGUAGUGCAAUUUGAGGCAAUAGUGGCUCUGACUAGUGUUGUAUUCACAUCUUAAAAUUCAUUAUCUCCUCCCUCAGGUAUUUCUAAUAUAUUACAAAUUUCCUUAGGUGAGAACGAAAUGGGUAUCCCAGAAACCAUGGUUUUGCACUUCUCUUUUUUUAGUUUCAAAUUGCUAUAUAACUGAUAAACAACAUCAUUGUACACACAGGUUCUUUAAUUUCUAGAAAAUUAAUCCACUCAAUUUCUCUAAAUAUCUCCUCUACGUGCAUAUCACCUUGA